AUGCCGCGCUCCUUCCUGGUGAAGACGCACUCCAGCCACAGGGUCCCCAACUACGGGCAGCUGGAGAGGCAGAGAGAAACCAAUGGCGCCUGUUCUGCCUGCGGGGGGCUGGUGGUGCCCCUCGUCCUCCCAGACAAGGCAGCCCCGUCCACGCCUGGCGACCUUCCCCGGCCCUGGGACUUCACCUCCGUCGUCGCCCACGUCUCCCUGCCCCUCCCCACCUUCCUGUGUAACGAGGAAGCUCGGGGGGCCUCGGGGCCAGACCCCCUGGAAGUCAGCCUGGCGGACCCUCGGGCCGGCCGGGCCCCCGGCGCACCUCUCAGAGACAGCCUGAAGCACCUCAGCCUGCCCCCGCUGCUGGCUCUGCCCACGCGCUGGCCCCCGGGCCUGGCCGCAGAUGGGGCCCAGGCUCCGGGCCACCUGCCAGGGGCCGAGCGGGCCCCCCGCACCCCAGGGGGCUUCUGCACACCGGCCGCACUGGUCAGGCACCAGCAGCUGCACUGCCACCUGCAGGCUCAACGCUGCUUCACCUGCAAGUUCUGCGACAAGGAGUACGGCAGCCUGGGCGCCCUCAAGAUGCACAUCCGCACACACACGCUACCCUGCCUCUGCACCCUGUGCGGCAAGGCCUUCUCCAGGCCCUGGCUGCUGCAGGGCCACAUCCGGACCCACACAGGUGAGAAGCCCUACACCUGCCCUCACUGCAGCAGGGCCUUCGCCGACCGCUCCAACCUGCGGGCCCACCUGCAGACGCACUCGGACACCAAGAAAUACCAGUGCAAGCGCUGCGCCAAGACCUUCUCCCGCGUGGCGCUCCUGGCGCGGCACGAGGAGUCCGGCUGCUGCGCCCCCUGA